AUAGGCUGUAGACGAAACUCUUAUUUUGAAAAGGAAUGACAGGAAACGUUAGUUGCGUGACCCGGAAACACUUUGGAGUGUUGACCUUUCCUCGCAGCUAGCAUGUGUAGCACCUGUGCGCCACCUCGGUGGGUCGGAUGUGUCGAGUGACUCGUUUUAAACAUUUGAGGACAUUAUUAAAAAAGAAAAAAAGAAGAAGCGGCGCUUUGAUCGGGUUUGUUUGUUCGAUGUCCCCGUACCUUUUAAACCAGGUGUCAUAUUAGCAUUAGCACGCCACCCCAGUGCGGCACAAUGUCAACAGCACCAGAGGCUCCGGCGGGGGGAGCAGGUGCCCCCGUGUCUCAGCCCAGCAAGAUUUUCAAGAACUGCUGGAGCUGUCGGCUCAUCUCCGGCGGCGGGCUGGUCCUGGCCGGAGCGUAUGUGUUCAUGGCGGCCCGGAACGUGAUGCGAUCGGGCGGACCCACCUCCAUGGGCACUGUGGCGCAGAUUACAUUCGCCGCAAGUCUGGCUGCGUGGGGUGUCGUCGUGAUCGCUGACCCGAUAGGAAAAGCGCAGAGGAAGACGUGAGGACCGCUGAGAAGCGCACAAACUGUAAAUACUAACAAGGACUGACAGGAUGGUCGUUCACGUGAUGAUGAGGAGGAGGAUGAUGAUGAUGCUGAUGGCUGAUCCCGAAAAAAGGCAGAUGUUUGUUUGUGUGACAAUGAUCGGUCGACUCUUGAGUGGACGGACCGAGCUUCCUGCAGCAACGGAAGCUGUUCUGCUGCUUAAAUAAUAAAUGAUGACAAAGAGAUCAUACACUUCACCAAA